GUAAACCCGAUUUGCUCCACCAAAAUCAUCGCGGAGCGGGGAGCAUCAAGACAGAAUUCGCAGUAAACAGAAGAGCAUUACUGUUGUACACGAUACCUUUAUACCAAUCAGGUCCCUCGUAUUUAUUACGUGCUAUUUCACCGGUACCCACCAAGUCAGCCAGCUGGUUCUGCUCUCUCGUCGUCUUGGGUACUUCCACCAUAUUCUUCUUUCUAAUACAUAAUAAUCCUCAAGGUUUCUGCGUUGAUCGUUGGAACAAUGGCACCUCCUCUUUCGCUUAUCGCUGCCCUAGGUGUAAAUGCAUUCGUGUUACUCCAGUUGACUCGCUUGUUUGAGACUACAUACGCUAUUCGGCCUUUGCUGACGCUUGGUUUGCUCAAUGCAUCUCUAGCAGCUUUUUCCGACAUCAUCGCUCAGGCCAUUGACAUGUACAAAUCGCAGAAACUGAAGGACGGUGCUCUUAUGGAAAAGUAUGGACAAUCCUCGUUCACCACAUCCAGCCGUCCGCAAUCACUGGAUGGAAUGCGACUUGUCCGUCUGGCGUUCUAUGGUCUAGCAUACACCCCUGUUCAGGUGACAUGGUUUGCAAAGCUUAGCACUUGGUUUCCCGAUAGUGCAGGUAAAAUGGCGUCUGUGUGCCGAGUGCUGAUGGACCAGGCCUUGUUCGCCCCAAUCGGUAUCUUUGUUUUUCUUUCCUACAUGAGUCUUGUCGAGUGCCGUCCGCUGUCGCAACUUCGUUCUGUUCUACGCAAGCAAUACGUCUCCAUCCUCAAAGCCAACUAUCUUCUCUGGCCAGUGGCACAGUUGGUAAACUUCUGUUUCAUCCCGCUCAAAUACCAGGUUCUGUUCGUGAACAUGAUUGCCGUUUUCUGGACCACAUUCCUUAGUCUCAAGAACAACACCCGACACUGAAAGACGAUCAUUCGACCAUCGUACACGCGGAAGAAACGGGACUCGGAGAAUCCAUCUAACGCAAUUAUUAUUCUUAUUUAUCUCUAC